AGACGUUUCACCGUACAUACAAGACAGACAUCAGGCGGCGGUGGGCGGUGGUGUCGACGCGCUCGUAAAUCAACAAGGUCAACUUUCAAACACCGCUGCACCCAAAACAUCCGAUUCAACCCCAAUCUUCCACCAGAGCUUCAAUUGCGACUCCACCGUCGGAAAACCUAAAAACUCCAUAAGAUCAUCUCCGCCGGAAUUACGCUGCCACUUACUGCAAUUUCGCCGCCAUGGCAUGGCCGAAUAAGCUUAAGCCGGAAAACAACGACCUCACGCCGGCGGCGAUACUCCACAAGCCGGCCUCCCCACGCGUCCCUCCCGGAACUCCCACUUCCGGCGCACAACGCAAAAUCGCCAUCGCCGUCGAUCUUAGCGACGAGAGCGCCUUCGCCGUGAAAUGGGCGGUCCAAAAUUACCUCCGCCCUGGAGACGCCGUUAUUCUGCUGCACGUCCGGCCGACCUCCGUCCUGUACGGCGCCGAUUGGGGCGCAAUCGAGCUCUCCCUCGACGCCGCCGAUGAGAAAUCGCAGCAGAAGCUCGAAGACGAUUUCGACAAUUUCACCGCCAGUAAAGCCAACGACGUGGCCCAGCCAUUGGUGGAGGAAAACAUUCCGUACAAAAUCCAUAUCGUGAAGGAUCACGACAUGAAAGAGAGGCUGUGCUUGGAGGUCGAGAGGUUAGGGCUGAGUGCAGUGAUCAUGGGGAGCAGAGGAUUCGGCGCUUCUAGAAGGACUAGCAAAGGAAGGCUGGGGAGUUUCAGUGAUUACUGCGUGCAUCACUGCGUUUGUCCUGUCGUCGUUGUCAGGUAUCCAUAUGAGAAAGAAGGAAGCUCUGGUAACGCCAAUGGAGGAUCGGACAAGGAGGACUCUUGUCUGCAUCCCGUUCCUGAGGAGGAAGAGUCACUGUAUCAUGAUGCUUCUGAUAAAAAUGCAGGUGUAAUUUGAAUUUCUUGGAUUGAGAUUUCAAUUCACUUCGUUUUCUGUCCAUUUUAAUGAUACCCUGAAUUCUUUGAGCUCAAUAAAUUCAUAUGGCAAUAGAAUUUGGACCUGGAGAAUCUAUAGGAUGAAGAAUGUGAUCAUAUGUUUUAUGGUGUUUGAAUUUUUGAGCUUGUAUGAAGAAAUCAAGUAACUUUGUUGAUGAUU